CUACUAGGCGGGACGAAACACACGAGACACAUAUAAACCAGCAGACCCUUUUGUUUCUGUCUGUCGAUUCGAGCCUGAGUUGAAAUAGUGGUAAACAUGGCGGAGGCAGACCGACCGGGGAAGCUCUUCAUCGGUGGCCUCAACACUGAAACUAGCGAGAAAGUCCUUGAAGCAUAUUUCAGCAAAUUCGGCAGAAUAGCAGAAGUUCUGUUGAUGAAGGAUCGUGAAACAAACAAAUCUAGAGGUUUCGCCUUUGUAACCUAUGAGAAUCCUGGCAACGCAAAAGAUGCAGCAAGGGAAAUGAAUGGAAAGCCCCUUGAUGGAAAGCCUAUUAAAGUAGAACAGGCCACAAAACCCCAGUUUGAGUCUUCAGGGCAUCGCGGUCCACCAACAGUUCAUCCACGGAGCCGUGGCCCUGCCAGAGGACCACGAGGGUCCAGAGGAGCACCAAGCAGAGAACCCUAUUUUAAAGGCAUGUCGUCCAGAGGCCCACCAAUGAAGAGAGGCCCCCCAGUGCGGAAUGGAGGCCCUCCACCCAAGAGAUCUGCACCAUCGGGGCCAGUGGGCAGACCACCAUUGUCAAGGGACAGGGAUCCAUAUGGCCCCCCUCCACGCAGAGAAUUGCUGAUUUCAAGGAGGGAUGAUGGUCCUCCACCGCGUGAUGACCACUAUAGUACUAGAGACGGUUACUCCAGCCGUGACUUCAUGAGCUCGCGUGACACCCGGGACUAUGCUCCACCACGAGAUUACCCAUACCGGGAGUAUCCGAGCCAUUCCAGUUCCAGAGAUGAAUAUGGGUCAGGGUCCAGAGGUUACAGUGAUCGUGAUGGAUUCGGUGGUGGACGAGAGCCCAGGGGUUAUAUGGAGCGGCUGAGUUCAGGCUCCUACAGAGACCCUUAUGAUGGUUACGGUAACUCUCGAAGCGCCCCACCCUCAAGGGGUCCCCCUCCAUCCUACAGUGGGAGUGGUGGAAGCAGUCGUUAUGACGACUAUGGCAGCAGUUCCCGGGAUGGAUAUGGCAGUCGCGACCGUUAUCCCAGCAGUCGGAGUGACCCAUACUGCAGUAGUCGUGGUGACCGACCGGGUAGGCAAGAGCGGGGACCACCUCCCCCUCUUGAUAGAGGCUAUCCUCCUCGUGAAUACAGAAGCUCAAGCCGUGGGAUGCCUCGGGGUGGUGUCCGUGGAGGCGGUCGGGCAGAUAGAGGAAUGGCCCGGAGCCGAUACUGAAAUGGACUCUGGGGGGUGGACAUGGACAAAUGAUCUUUCGUUGAGACGGUCGAAAAAAAAAAAAAGUGUCCUUUUAAACUCUGGAUUUUGUGCUUCAGUUUCAAGCUGUACCCAAACUUGUGAAGGUUAUUUUUUUUUUUAUUAUUUUUCCUCCCUUUUAAAUGCUAAGUUGAUUUCUUUCCCCUUGCCCUUCCAUUUUAAUGGUACCAUUACAAAUUUAAGUGAGUGUUAUUGUUUUGUACACCAGUGAUGUUAAACCUGCAAUGCCCAGAAGAAUGGCUUUCAUUUACCAAUAAAGUUUUUAAACAAAGA